UAUUUAAUUCAUUGAUAAUUUUGCAUCCGACCCGGCCGAUACACGCACGCAGCGUAGCCGUGGCCGCACCGUUUCUCCAGCAUUCGUCCUUCUGCAGCAUCGUUAGCAGGAGGAAACCACACUCGCCUCGUCGUGCCUGGUACAAACGAGUGAUCCUGGUGACCACCAAAGGCACCCACAGUGUGGAUAUAGGUGGUUGCAAAGGGGAAGAUAUGGCGCAGAAGUGUUACUCAGAAGAGCUAUUCCUGUGCUUCAAAUAAUAUUGACAAAACUCAGAGUGUCCCGAUUGAUCGCAGUGCGUGUGUGAUCUAUCCUGUGUGAUACCCCAAAGGUCUCUAUUAGCACUAGAUUGAUUGAAUCUGUGGUCUGUUUUGAGAAAUCGUGUGAAUUCGUGAUACUGUUGCCAGCACCUCUCGUAGUGCCCUAAACACCAAACGGUGCAGUUCUUGUGCCACUUAUCAAGUGCAGUUACACUUUCUCCAAUGAUAGAAUGUAUGUGUUUGUGUAAGUUCGUGCGCUUAUGUAGGUUUGAGUAGGUGUGUGUGUGUGCGUGUGAAUGUAUUGAUUAAAUCAGUGCGUUUCCUUUAAUCCUUCCACUUGACGGCCACGAAGCCAUCCCCGUUCGGUUGUGGUCCCGGGUGAGCCAAGUUUAUCCAAUUCAUUGCGGUUUAUUUAUGGACUUGCUGCUGGCAGUCCACGCGGCUGUGGCGAAGUGUGAUCCAAUCUACUAUCCCCGCUGACCGCGAGCGAGGUUAAUUGAAAUCGAGCGUCAAUAUUUCACUCGGUAGCUUUCCACCGCUCCCGGGAAGCUACCCCCCGUUGACUACCAUGGAAUCGUCUACCUUCGACGACCAGAUAUUCGGUGACUUUACGAGCGACACGCUCGGUACGCUUGCCGGCGCCACCAAACCGAUCCAUGCCGGACCAUCGCCGAGCUCGGUCGUUGCGGCGUCCGGCCACGGUAAUCUGCAGGUGAUGAUGGGCAUCGGUCACUCACCGACCCACGAUGGCGGUGGCAGCGGAGGCAGUGCUGGCGGAAGCGCCAACGGUAACGGCGGUCAUCAACGGCUGCCCGAGGUGAACAGCAUCCUGGCCGUGUCCGGUUCGCCGAGCUACAAAACCAUCGACUACACGAACCUCAGCAAGGUGGAGUAUCACCAUCUGGCGAACGGCAAGCUGGACGGUCCCUCCUACUCACCCCCGAACGGGACGCACCAGCAGCAACAGCACGGCCUCGGUGGACACCCGGUGCCGGGAGGCAACAAGUCGCUCGAAUACGUCAACUGUAAGCUGGAAUAUUACACCGCCCUGCCCAUCGCCCACGAUAAUCUGAAUAAAAUAGAGUUCGUUAAAACCCUAGAUUACAACGGUAACGGCCGGUUGGACUAUUCCACCUCCUCCUCGUCCUCGCCGAACGGACCGAAAUCCAUCGAUUAUGGUGGCGGUAGCGGCGCGAAGCUCGACUACGAGACCACGAUCGCGAUGUUUCAGCACCCGGGACCACCGCAGCAGCAGCAGCAGGGACCGUCGGGUGGGCCACCGCCACCGGGCACCGGUUCGUCCGGCAUGGUGGACGCAUCGAUGAUGAGUAGCAACACCGGCCAGCCAAACGGCAUGCCCGUCGGCAUGGCAAGCCAGGGAAAGCCGCGGAAAGCCGACGACAUGAACGGUGCAUCCGGAUCGUCGACACCGACCACUACCACCCCAAUGGACGGUGCGGGAAAUGGGAAGAAAAAUGAUAAAAAGAAAACGGACCCGAAUGGCAUCAAGAAGAAGAAAACAAGGACGACCUUCACCGCGUAUCAGCUCGAGGAGCUGGAGCAUGCCUUCGAACGGGCGCCCUAUCCGGAUGUGUUCGCACGAGAAGAACUGGCCCUGAAGCUCAACCUCAGCGAGUCACGCGUGCAAGUUUGGUUUCAGAAUCGACGAGCGAAAUGGCGCAAACGAGAACCGCCCCGGAAGUCGGCCUACCUCGGCAACAACAGCCCGUCGGCCCCGAUGAACGGCCCGAUCGGGACGUCGUUCAGCCAGUUCCCGCAGACCGCCACCGUGACGCCACCCGGGAGCGUUGACAGCUGGUCCACCUACCAGGCACCGUACGAGCUCGGGCCGCACAUCAACCUGCUGUCGCCGGCCGUCAGCCCGUACGGGUCGUUCAGCACCCAAUACGGUACUUACAUGCCCGAGAGUCACAUGUUCCCGGUGCGGCAGCACUACGACUACGGUAGCCCGUCGCGACCGGGCGACCCGGGCGAUGAGUCGGGCGGCCAUCAGCAUCAACAGCAUCACGGUGGCCACCAUCAUCACCACCAUGCGCACCACAACCAUCACAAACCGGCGGACCACUACGCGCCGACGACGAUGGACGAUAAGUUCGAGACGCACUGUACGGCCGGCCUGCCCGACGGGCUCACGAAUGGAAAGUACGUCGACGACACGAAGUACAUCCACGGUGUCGACGUGCAUCACUAUCCCGAUACGGAUCCCGGCAAGUACGGCAACUGCCACCAGCUGGACGAUCCGUCCAUGAAAGCACACUACGGACCGCCGCAACCAUCGCAGCAAACGCAACCACCGCCGUCUUCCCAGCAGCAGCAACAGCAGCAGCAGCAAACGCAACCCGGCCAAUGUCAACCGGUCGGUGUGGACGAUCCCGACUCGCUCGGUAUGGUAAAGGCGGAGGAGAAUGUCACCCACAGCUAUGUACUUCCAUCUUUUUUGCCCUGAUCGAGAGCAUCAGAAAGGGUUCGCAAACGUCAUCGGCUGCACUGCUGUCCGCCAAUCCGCCGAGACAGCCGCCGUACCAUCGUACCCGGUACGAACAGUUCCGCAAUCAUUUCGGAUAGUAUUCUCGGCCAUCAUCUUGAUGCUAUCGUCCCGUUACCGUUCCUUAUUUCCUUACUGCCACCGUUUUCAUCCUGCACAGAUGAUCGUGAUUGCUUCAUCAUCGAAGGACGUUUUGGGACUGUGAUUGGUUUCAUCGUUCGCACUGAAGCCUCAGCAGCAAUCAAGAAUUUGUGCUGUUCUUUGGGUUUUUUUUUUGUUGCUGAUGAAGCCCCUUGCUGAUGGCCCAACACACAUACACACACAUCGUAACCACAGUUUCUAAUUCAUUAUUCAGCAUUUGGGCUGAGUGCUGAGUGGUGAGUUUCGAGAGCCGUUGUCGAGAUCCUUGUAAUAGGGUGACGAGUGGUACAAUCGAAAACAAAAAUACUUUAAAACACGUGCACACACACACACACACAUACUUUUACCAAUCCAUGCCCAUGGUAAACCCUUGAGCUCCUGGGAGAAGUUGUGUGUUAAACAAUGCAAAGUGCUAAACAAACUUUUCCCAUUUACCGGCAGCUCUAAAGUAUCUGGUUGACUUUUGUAUUCAAAUGGGUGUGCGUGUGUGUGUCAGUAUAUUUACCUUUGGGUUUCCAACGUUUUAUUUUGCUUUCGGUUUGUGUUUGGUUUUUUGAAGCGCAAGAAACAACUUUCUCUGCCCAAGUCGGGAAACACACAUUACCGAGCUUACUGUUGACAUCGUGGGAAAUAUCAAGCGGGAAAAGUUCCAUUAGACAGUGCAAGCAAACGGUUAGUUCAAGACAAACAUACAAACACAUUUCUAUCAAGCUUGAAAUCGAUAUGGAACAGUUUCGAUGUUGGCGCUUGAAUGUCCAAGGGUUAGGGCGUUGAAGGCGUUUUGCUAUAAACAAUAUCCCAACCGCUCGAACACAAACUGUUGCAUUCCGGAAGGUCAAACCGAUUGGUUUAAUUUUUCAAGAAAAGCCACGCUCUGGAGGAGGGAAGAAGGAAGAAAACCGCUUCAUUCGGUUUUUCCUGAAGGCUAAUCAAAUCAAGACCGCUAAAACGAUUCGCACCCAACUUAAGGCAAGCGUGUAGCAGCAACUGGGGGGGAAACACUUUGAAGGCGUUUUUCAAGUUUUUCCUCAAAAAGCGCUCUAAAAAAGGGAGUAGUGCAAAAAGUGUAUGUGUGUGUGUGUGUAUGGAGGCAACACACCGUACAACAAGUGCUUGGCAUCAUGGCCACAAUCGAACGGCAGUUGAAGGGUACCGCCAAACCCGAAAUGCCUCUAAAAAGUGAAAGCUCCCACGGUCCUUCUCCCAACUGACGCUAUUUUUUGUAGCCAGGUUUUGUUUUUCAGUGCGUUCCGUUAGGUUCCGCUCCACUGGACUAAUAAAUAAACCAAUGGGAACCGUCCGCCUUUCCCUGUUCCCAGUGUCCGAGUUCGAGUUUCUCUCCCGCCGUGUUGCUGUUCUGAUUUAUCGACACCACCCGGUGUGUGUGUGCACGCGCGCGUGGUUCUGACUUUUCCUGACCAAACUUUGGCCACCACACACAUACAGGACGGGGGACCCUCUGGGAGACCGUGGCUACCAUUGGUUCGGUCCCUUUUCCCACCACACACACACACACACGGGUGCGCACGCGGCUCGAUUUGAUCGAACACUUCCCCGUCCGUCGAUCGAUAAUUUCGGUAACGGUCCAUGACCACAUAAAACGACCACAUCUCGGGCCAGGGGCCCACCCCGAUUGAUAAGGGUGAUGAGCUAUCCUACGGGAAGGGCAUGAAAAAAUGAACAAACACCUGAAGGAAAAGUAGAAGUAGUCAGUGGGGGAGGUGUUGGAGGAAGGGAGCCAAAUAAAAAUAGAAAUAAAUUAAAUUUGGUUAAAAAGUGCGAACGGUGAAAAAAUCCGCACAACGGUAAGGGGAAACGUUCCAGCUGGGCACAUAAAAGCACGGAAAGUCCAACUUUUCUCCCUUUCCACGGUGCCAGUGCCGGCAAAGGUUUGUUCGGCAAAGAAAUCGAAGCAAUCCAGGGGGUUUUAGGAUAAGGAUGGUUUAAAGCGAAACCACGCCACGAAGCAAACCAAACGGGCAUUUCCCGUGGUUGGGAUGAGAUUACCUACGCCGAAAGCUCUUCGUGCCCGCGUGUUGCCUUUCCUGUUCUUUUUUUUUGGGUCCGUGUUGGAUUCACAAGGCAUGUAGUUCUUUUGUGUGUAUGCUCUAAAGUUUUCAUUUGCCCCAUCGCAUGUUCGCAUUGUGCGGUUGCGUUCAUCAUUCCCGUUUCAUGCUUUCAAUCUUGCCCAAAUCAAUCAACCAGCUCGAAACAGUGCGUUUGCUGUGGCGUUGGUGGUAGAGGGCUUUUUCACCUGGGCCGUCUAUUUGUUCGAAAUGGGGGCGAGGGCUCCUGCUCUUCCCAUCUCCCGGUCAUCUGAUUUUGGACGUUCUAUUCAUGGUUGCUCGGGGCCAUCCGGUGGUACGUGUCCGUGUCGUGCCAUUGAAGCGCAUUUCAGCGUAACAUCGUACGCACACAGAGAGUUCCGUUUUUGGGGUUUUUUUUGUCGUAUCCCAUUUCGUUUCUUCGCUCGCCUUUCGGUUCGGCUGACGCCGUCCUUAUCUCUUAGUGGGGCGUUUCUUUUUAGUCCUUUUUUUGUUUUGGGCCAUUCAGUCGGCAUGAAAAUUCAAACCCGACAUAUCUUCUUCCGGAUGGAUGGAUGGUUGAUCGAACGGGUUGUGGAGUGAAAGACAGGGAUCCGGAACCCGUCCAACCUGUCCGUCUGUUCCACGGAAAUUCAUCGAUCGUAUGUUUAUUUUAAAACAUCAAACAACGAACGUUUCGCCGAGCGUUUCAAUCUAUGUGACGUUGUCCAUUAGGUGAUUUUGUACUUGUUUUUUUUUUUAAUUUUUUAUUCUGCACGAUGGUGCACUCUUCGACGUGAGAGUGUAACUUUCGUAUACCAAAUCGACGCGUACACGAGCAAACUGUUGCUCAAACCUUAUUCCAUUAACGUAAAAGGGCACAUAGGCUUCCUGGGAAUUGGGUGUUGCGGAAGUCAAUUGGCAACCAAAUAACACUCACAGUGCCUAAAGCACUUGUGACUACGUCUGCAGCCCUGCACUUCGUGGCAGAGGUUCACAUCACGGUAAUUAAUAUUCCAUUUGAUAGAAACUUCCCUUCAGUAUCCGUCCUUGGGGCAUGGUGACAAAAAACAAUAUUUAAAAAAACCCCCUCAGGACCACCUUUGAACUAAAGGUAAUUCCAAUUCAGGAAAUGGAACGGAAAUGAGCAACGCAUUUGAAUAACCGUGUAAGACGUUUCCCUAAUUUCCAUGCACUGGAAGGAAGAAGAAGAAGAGAAAAAACCUUCCCGUGGGUAGCACUGUUUGUUGUUUUGUGCGCUGGUUCAACAUUUCCCGCCCUGGUGAAUGUUAAGUAAACAAAGUUUAUGAGGCAAAGUUUUCCCUGCCUCAAAUGGAACGAAAAGACAACAAACACUUCAACCUUGGCAGCAACAGGCGGGACCCUGCUAAUGGACAAACGGGACCGAAGCGUACCUACGCUCCCGUGCGUCACUUCAGUGAGAAAGCAUCCAUUUGCUUGUCGGUUCGUUUUUCUGACCACCACCCGAAGACACUUUCCUUCGAACUCCCGAAAGCACAUGAUGCAUUGGAAAAUGGUGCCAGAUUUUUGCAGCCAGAAUAAAUUUCGACCAGAGUUUCUAGAGUGGGACGAACCAAAACAAAACACACACACACAAACACACAUUGGUAUAUACACAAUCUAAACAUAUCAAAACUUUGACCAGUGGAAGACCAUGUAUCGAUCGAAAGCUUUUGCUGCCUGUUCAGUUCAGUUCCGGUGUAAGUAGGUGGAAAAGCAGUGCAAAUAAAAGCUGCUCCAAAGCUGCUCCGAUUAGUUGGCCACUAACGCCCGUCCAUCAGCAAAACGCUCCCGUCAUAAAACUCUCCUUUCCUCCCCAUUCCUCCUUUUUUCCUUCCACUGAGAUGAUCUACCUUUUGCCCGCUAAAAAAACGAUGGUUGCGAACCCUUAUUGUUUGCUCUCUGUAUCAUUAAAACACAUAAAAUGCAACAUAGCGUAGCAAUACGAUACACCCGAAACAGAAUGAAAAAAAAAACCACGCACGCAAUAUCAAUACACAAGAGAUAUGAGUGAAAGAUAGGGAAGGAAAACAAAACCAGCGUAGUAUGUAGCAUAGAUAAACCCUUCGUUCGCGAACAUCCGUGAUCUGUGCGCGCGGCGUGUGUAAUAUGUAAGCCAUAUUUAUUUGCUACCGGAUACGGUAGACGUGUCUGUGUGUAGGGCAUGAGGAUAUAUUUAUUGAUCCGCCAGGAGAGGAAAAUGGAAACUAUGAGAUGCUACGAUCUCCCGCACUGCUCAGGCAUCCCAGCGCACGGCGAAAGCAGUUGUUCGAGCAGUUCGAAA